ACACUUAAGGUGACGUGAAGUCUUUCUUUCUGGUUCUGCUACGAGUUGCUGAUAAGAUAGUGUAAGAUUUUCUUUUUAUAAUUUCACUCAGUGGUGUGUUGACCAGUGGACAAUGGCUAUAUACGUGAUUCUUAAAAGGAGAGAUUUCCGCCUGUGUAUAAUUGUCACGUUAAUUUUGAUUCCUGUGGCGAUUGCUUUUGUCGUGAUCAACUUCAGCAUAACAAGUGGCCAGUCGUCACCUAGUGCAGGUACCAACAAUGCUACCAACUCAACCGGCCCAAGUACUACGCUUCAGUUUCUUAUUGUCGCAUCCCGCCAUGGCAACAGGCCUCCACUGGAUUCCUUUCCUACCUGGAGUUAUCCAAAAAACGAUACGGAAGUUUGGCCUUACGGUCCAGAUUCAUUGACCAAUUUGGGCAGAGUCAAAACGUACAGGCUAGGAGCAAAGCUUAGAACCCUAUAUGAUGGCUUUCUGGACCAGCUUUAUUAUCCCAAGGACUUCCUCAUGUACAGCACCGUCACUGACAGGACCUUGCAAAGUGCAGAGGUGAUUCUGGCGGGGCUGUUUCCUCCUGUUGAAUUCCAGGUGUGGAACUCCAGUCUGAUGUGGCAGCCAAUCCCCGUAUAUCCCACAAACCUGGAGGGCACACACCUGUGGGACGAUUCCGUAACGGAAUGCCCGAGUUUCUACAAUGCCAAAACACUGUCAUUGAAGCAGUUUGACGUAGACAACGCAGCUAACAUCUCGACUUUGAUGACGUACCUACAGACAUACACUGGCAUCCCUGCGGUUCCUGGAACCCACACUGGCCUCUACGAAGUCUGGGACUCCCUUGUGAGCGCGGAGAACCAAGGGCUGCCCUUGCCUGCCUGGUCAACCCCGGUGUAUCCUGAACCUAUGACUACUUUGGUACAGGAACUGUAUGUAGCAAGCGUGGUAGCUUCAGACAACAUGAUAAGAUUAUUCCAAGGGCGCCUCUUCCAGGAGAUGAUGAACAUGAUGGAGGCCAAAGUGACCAACAGCGCUACUCCGGACAGAAGUAUGGUUCAUUAUUCCGGUCAUGACACCACCAUUAUGGGACUACAGGCCAUUCUAGGAAUGCCGCAAGCUUAUAACAUAUUCGUGAAAACUGGAUCUGCGUUGAUAUUUGAAUUGCAUAAAAACGUUGAUACGAGCGCAUACUAUGUGCAGGUCCUGUAUAUAGACGGGCACUCCACCGACAUGGACCCUGUGGUACUCGACAUUCCCAGUUGUUCCUCACCCUGUGACUUUAAUACUCUGCGUAGUAUUACGGAAAAGUAUUAUAAUAUAACAGACUUCAAGAAAGAGUGUCUGGUCAGCUGAUAGACUUACUGAUUAUGUGAAUGUAUGUACAGUUAACUGUUAACAGUUGUGUUACAGGUGUUAAAGCUAAGAUUGAUUGUAUUUACAGAUACAGAUGUAUUUAUAUACAUAUUGAUCAUAAACACCACCCAUAUACUGAUGUUUAUUGGUUAUGGAAAAAAUUAAACGUUAAGGAAAGUUAUAUUGAAUACAAUCUACUUUUACGUGCCUUAAA